CUUUUGUAACUGACACCUAUCUCCGUUUCGAGAGAGAGAGAGAGAGAGAGAAGAGUGCAUUCUAGGGCUUUGAUAUUCGGAUUCUAGGGUUUCUUUUCCAACCAGAGCCAGACCUGAUUCUAUUCCUAUUCUUCCCCCAAUCGGUGGUCACGAUUCGAUGCUCAUCGUCCCCCCCACGUUCCAACCGUUCGAUCGAUUCAUUUCUCGCUGAAUUUGAUCGCAAUUCGCAAUUCCCACAUUUCGCGAUUCUAUUGUCUCUUGAUCUUCCUAAAUUCUAUUUGUUAGGGCUUCUCACUCGACGUCUCGGCCAUGUUCUACCUGUUCGAUCGAUUCAUUUCUUGCUAAAUAUGGUUGCAAUUCGCAAUACCAACCUUUUGCGAUUCGAUUGUCUUCUGAUCUUCCUAAAAUUCGAUUUGUUAGGGCUUCUCACUUGAUCACGAGUCGAUGCUCAUCGUCUCCGUUACGUUCUAACCGUUCGAUUGAUGCAUUUCUGUCUGGAAUAUGGUAGCAAUUCGCAAUCCCUACAUUUCUCGAUUUGAUUGUCUUCUGAUCUUUCGAAAUUCGAUUUGUUAGUGCUUCUCACGCUAUGGUAUAACCAAAAGUGGUGGAAUUUGAAGGGAUGUGAAAAUCUGGUAUUUGUUCGAUUGUUGUGAAUAUAGAGUGAGUUGAUUUGGGGAUUUGUGAAGAGUUAGGUUUGUUCUGACUGUGAAUUUGUGAUUGUUUGGAUUGAAAUUUGAGGUAUUAUGUAUAUAGAGGAAUUGAAGGGGAGAGAGGAGUUGGAAAGUGAUGAAGAGGAGAUAGGAUAUGGUAAUGAGGUGGUGAGAGGCAGCACUGUGGUGUUGGAUGUGAAGAAGGUUUUGGUUGGAGCAGGGGCUCGUGCACUGUUUUACCCUACGCUUCUGUACAAUGUUGUGCGAAAUAAGGUUCAGGUUGAGUUUCGGUGGUGGGACUGGAUUGAUGAGUUUGUACUAUUAGGUGCUGUCCCAUUUCCAUCUGAUGUUGAACGGCUGAAGGAGCGUGGUGUUUGUGGAGUGAUCACCUUAAAUGAGCCCUAUGAGACUUUGGUUCCAACAUCUUUAUAUCUAGCUCAUGGCAUUGAUCAUUUGGUGCUCCCGACAAGAGACUACCUCUUUGCUCCAUCACUGAGUGAUAUAUGUCAAGCUGUAGACUUCAUUCAUGAAAAUGCAUCAUGCGGGCGAUCUACGUAUGUGCAUUGUAAAGCUGGUCGGGGACGCAGCACAACCAUCGUUAUAUGUUAUCUGGUGCAACACAAGCAGAUGAUGCCUGAGGCUGCAUACAGUUAUGUGAAAUCAAUUCGGCCCAGAGUACUCUUAGCCCCUUCCCAGUGGCAGGCUGUUCUGGAUUACUACCAUCUCAAAGUGAAUCCGGCCUGUAAACCAAGCCACAUGAUAACCAGUCUAAUACUGAAAAGUCCAAAAUUCUUCGCUGCACGAGAUCUCGUGGCAUUUGAUGAUGGCUCUGUGGUCAUGGUAACAGAAGAGGAUUUGGAUGGCUACGAUCCAAGCCAUGAUUCUUGUGCUAUAAGAAGCAAGAUUUGGACAGAUUUAAAUGUAGUCUGCAGGAUUCGAGUUGCUGGUCAGUCGGCUUUGGCAAGACUAUCUUGUAUGUGGCUUCGCUGCCAAACCCAGCAGAAGAUUUCAAGCGAGAACAUGCAUAUGGAGAGCAGCUGCCCAAUUAGGUCUAAUCAAUUGGGAGUUCUUAGUGUAGACAUUCAUGUCUACUGAGAUGUGCUUCUGAUUUCCUUCUGUAAUGUUUGUCCUUUAAUUCCAAUUUCGUAUGUGUAAAGGUGAAUAGCUCUUUAUUUUCAUUUGUUUUGUCUGUUGACUUUCCGGUGUAUAUAUUGUGGACGAGAAAAUAAGGUUCUAUUUAGUUGUAUUCUCAAAAUACAAUUUCACUAUAUCAUUCGCGCUUCACGUUUA